AUGUCACCCAUGGCUGUCCUUCGACUGCCGACGGAACACCGCACCGCGCUUUCUCUCCACGACUUCUACGACGCGUCGCCAGCGGCUGCUGGUGGCAUCAUGGCGACUGGGACGUUCUCGCGCCCCCAGCUGAGCCUGCCCUCGGCCUUCUUCAACUCCGCUAUCCUCCAGUCGCACGGUUUGCGGUGCGAUCAUGCGCACGGGUCGCACAGUCUGUCGCCCGAUCUCGCACGCUGGUAUGAAUCCCCUGCGCCAGUCGCACAAUCGUCUCCCGCGGCCCAGCCUGUCGCCUUCCAGCCGGCGGGCCUGUCAACGACCCGCAGCGGAGCUGGACAUACCACCGCUUGCGCCGCUCCCACUCCUUCCGGCCCUCAACAACGGUUUCUCGCUGCCAGCAAUGCCGUCAGGGCCUCGUCUCCAGCGCUCACUCGCCGGCUCAACUCGGCAACGUCAUGCUCAGGUCCGUCAGACAUUCCGGCCUUGAACUCGCUCGCUUUCCCUCACUCCCUUCCUUUUCCUCUCUCCUCCUCCCUCUCUCCCUCUCCCUCUCUCCCUCUCUCCCUCUCUCCCUCUCUCCCUCUCUCCCUCUCUCCCUCUCUCCCUCUCUCCCUCUCUCCCUCUCUCCCUCUCUCCCUCUCUCCCUCUCUCCCUCUCUCCCUCUCUCCCUCUCCCUCUCCCUCUCUCCCUCUCCCUCUCUCCCUCUCUCCCUCUCCCUCUCUCCCUCUCUCCCUCUCUCCCUCUCCCUCUCUCCCUCUCUCCCUCUCCCUCUCUCCCUCUCUCCCUCCCCCUCUCUCCCUCCCCCUCUCUCAAUCUCCCUAUCAAUCGCCCCCUCAUCUCUCUCCCUCUCCCCCUCCCCCUCUCUCUCCCCCUCUCUCUUCCUUUCUUCUUGCGCCCUUUUCUCAAUCCCUCUCACCCCUCUCUCCGUGCCCCCCUUCUCUCCCCCACAGUUGUCGCGCCUUGAGAGCACUCUGCUGGUCGCAGCAGGCGCUAGCCGCUGUCAACCCCGCCGUGCUGCACAUCCGCGCGGCCCAGUGGUCUCCGCGCGCCAACCGCUUCCUCUCCGCGUGCGCCGCCGCGGGGAACGCGCCCGCCGCGUACUUCCUCGGCAUGAUCACGUUCUACAGCUUCGGGAACUAUGCCGAGGGCUUGAAACUCCUGGCGAAGGCCGCGCUUGCGGGACAUGCGGCGGCCAUGUAUGCGCUCUCCGUGGUUCACUUCAACGGGAGCGGCAUGGCGCAAGCGCAGAGGAACCUCCCCGUGGCUCUAGCCCUCUGUGCGCGAGCAGCGUCCCUAGGCCACACACCUGCCAUGCGCGAACUGGGGUACUGCCUGCACGAUGGUUACGGGUUACCACGCGACGCUGCCCAGGCACAGCAGCUGCUGCUGGAGGCCGAGGCUCUCGAAACGGCGGAGAAAUCCCGCGCGAUUGGCGUCGUGGUGCAGGGUGGUGGAGUGAAUCCGGUAGCGGUACGCGGUGGUGACAGGGUGAAUGGCUCUCGUUUGGAGCAGGUGGAGGAAGAUAGGGAGGAGCAGGAGGAAGAGGACCAGGAGACGCAGGAGGAGGCAGAUAUGAUGUUUGCACGUGAGAUUCUUCAAUCCGGAAAUUUGCAGAGCGCACUUACCAAGGACGAAGGGCGUGUGGACGUUGCUCCUGCCGAAUCAUCCCAAGAGACUGCAGCAGCAGCAGCAGCAGAAGUAGAAGCAGGUGCAGUCUCAGAUGCUGAAGCAGCACCUGUAGAUCCUGCUGCUCGUCUGUCCGCUCCUUCCACAGAUGCCACAGGCGUUGAGGAAGUUGCGGAUAUGCAAAGCCUAGACAGUAAGGAGUGGGAACCCAGCUCUCCCUCUCUCGCCGAACUAAUGGAGCUGCAAGAAGCCGAGAGUUGCCGCCCGUCAGACCCCGCCCACUUUUUCCUGCUGGAAUGGCAGAAGCUCACUGGGCUAGUUUCUAAUACCAGUACCCACCGCAUCCACAUACCAGCUCUUCCCUCCCAUGGUGCCGCAGCUGCAUCUGAUCUUUCUCCCACAGCCCCUGUCGCCCCAGCUGCUCCUGGUACACCCCCUUCGCUGCACGCCUGCUCCAAUCCGCAGUGUGGGCGGCAGGAGACGAGGGAGCAUGAGUUCCGGUGUUGUGCCGCAUGCACAGAGGCUAAGUACUGCUCCCGAGCAUGCCAAGCUGCUGACUGGGUGGGGGGUCAUCGUGUCGCGUGCACUAUGCUAGGUGCUGCUCUUGCGGCUAUGACACAAGGAGCUAGGUUCUAG